AUGGCACCUAAACAAAAAGUCAAAAUGGAUUUAGGUUCAUUUUUAGCUGAUGAAUCUUUUGGUGGUUCAUCCUGGGCAGAUGAAGAAGUUGAUUUAAAUUCAAUUGGUUUAUCAUUGAAUAAACCAUCUACUACAACUACUACAAAUACAAAUACACCAGCAGCAUUCGAAACUACUGAUUCAACUACAUCAUAUGACAAUUAUCCUAAAAAGGAAAGAGUUGAAUAUCCAGUUCCUGAUAAACCUCCAUAUAAAGCAGUUGUUGCAAAUUUACCAUACGAUUUAGAUGAAGAAAUUAUAAUUAGACAUUUUGAAAGUAGAAUGCAAGCUCAAGAUAUUAUUUCAGAAGUUAAAAUUAUAACUGAAAGAGAUACUGGAAGACAAAAAGGUUUUGCAUUUAUUACUUUUAAAGGUAAAAAUAUCCUUGAAGAAAGUUUGAAUUUAAAUUUGACUGAUUUAAAUGGUAGAAAAAUUUUUGUUAAUGUUGCUGCUCCACCAAAAGCUGAAGAUGGUGAUUGGAGAUCUAGUAGAAAUGGACCAUUAGGUGGUAGAAGAGAAAGAGAACCUCAACAAGAAUUAGAUUGGGGUACAGCAAGAUCAACACAAGCUUCAUUACCUCAAAGAGAAAGAUCAAAUAGAAGAAAUGAUAGUUUCCAAGGUGGAUUACAAAGAAGAGAAUCAAAAGAUAAUUUUGAUUGGGGUACAGCAAGAUCAUCACAAGCACAAUUACCACCAAGAGAAAGAUCAAAUAGAAUACCAUCAUCAGAACGUACACCAAGAAAACAAGAACCAGAAUUAGAUUGGGGUACAGCAAGAUCAGCAAAAGCACAAUUACCACCAAGAGAAAAUAGGUCUGAUAGACCAGAAGGAGUUGAAAGAGCUCAUAGCAAAAGAAGUUUCAGUAAUAAAAAAGAAGAAGAAUUAGAUUGGGGAUCAGCAAGAUCAGCACAAACACAAUUACCAGCAAAAAACAAUAGAGUUAAUAGUCAGUCAAAUUUUAAAAAAGAUGCUCCAUCAAACAACUUUGAUUGGAAAAGAGGUCAAUCAUUAAACAACAACAAACAAUCACCACAAUCACAAAAACAAUCACAACAAUCAAAGAAAGAUAACAAAAAAGAUGCAGAUUAUCAGGGACCACAAAAAUCAUCAUACAGUGUUUUAAUGGGAUUAGAUGGAGAUGAUGAAGAUGAAGAAGAAGAACAACAAGAACAAGAACAAGUAAAGUCAAAUCAUCAACAAGAAGAAGUCAAAAAUUUAGAAGAAAAGACUGGUAAAUUAUCAGUUAGUAAUGAAGAUAAUGAAGGUUGGGAAGUUGUAGGAAAAUAA